AUGAAUGAGGUCAACAUAAAUUAUCCGUUCGAUCCCCUCCUUGUAGAGAGGUUGGCGACAGAGCUUCAGUUGCGCAUCGGCAUAUUGCCUCGCGUUGAGGUCUACUACCUGCAUUUGGAGGCGUACCCUGGUGAUGUGCUACAAUGCUUGCGAGUUCAACCGCGCUCCCUCUGCGAGAUCUCGCGCGCUGUUCGUGCUGCCAAAACAAUGAAACUGUCGGUGCGGGGAAUGGGACACGCAUCGGGAAGCGAAAAGGCCACCUAUGCUGACCGCUUCACCGUGAUCGUGGAUUGUUGCCGACUGCUGGACGAACCGAGGAUGGAGUUGGUGAGCAUUCAUCGAGAUGGGGACAACAAGGACACAGCGGGUUUGAGGGUACUUGCUGGUGUAACCAUAAGCGAGCUCGUGGAUUACAUGGUUGAGCACAAGGUGGAGCUGUACCAGUCACCAGACAUGAUUGCAGGCAUUGGAACAAUUGUGGGGAGUAUUGUGACCGCCAGUCCAGGCGUCUACGCUCCGGUGUCGGGAGCUAUGGGUGGCUGUCUUGCUGAU